AUGUCUACUGAUUUAGGAGCCAGUUUCAACGAACAAUAUGUGAAUAUAAAUACUAAAUUGAAAAAACGAUUCAUGCGAAGGCCUAAUAUAUCUGAAGCUACUAACGAAUUUAUUGGACUUGCAAUCCAAUGUGAAAAUUGUGAGCAGCCAACAUUUGCUGGUCAGACUUACAUUGGUGCUGCAAAGUGUGAGGCUUCUGCUGGAAAUGUAUUUGGUGAAGCAGAACACUAUUUGGCUGCUGCAAGACAAUUCAUGAAAGCUGAAAAGAAAUUAGCAUCCCUUAAAUUUGACAGCCCUGAUAGAGAGAACUUAGAGGCAGCCAUAGGUUGUUUUUUACAAGCACUAAACAAGUACCCAGAAAAAUCGCCUCUACGGUCAUCUAUCUUUAUGGAAAUAGCUAAUGAUUUGUUGGAAUUGGAUCACAAGUUAGAAGCUAUAGCAUACUAUGAACAGGCUCUGGAAAUAAUACAGGAUGACUUUAUGAAAUUGAUGUGCUUGAAUAAGCUUUUAAAUUUGCAAAUAGAUUGUGGAAAACUAGAUUCAGCAUUACAAACUGGCAAUUCCUUGAUGGAUUUAAAAUGUCACAUCCCUGAAAAUAUGAUAGAAGAAAUACAAGUCACCAGAAUUCUAUUGGCAUUAAUUGUUGAUUUAAAUAAUAAGAAUAGACCAGAUUCCCUGAAAAUGCUGUUCACAGACCUACUCAAUGAUGAAGACAGUAACUUAAUACCAUUUAACCCAAACUUCAAGCUAAAGCUGCAGUCAAUAAUAAUAUCAAGCAACAUGAAUGAUCAACAAGCACUAAUAACUAUUAGUAUGGAAACUAAACCUUAUUUAACGAGACAGCAGUGUGAUCUUUUGGAAAUGCUGAUUCGUGAAAAGCAACAACAAUAG